CGUGACGGAAGAAUUCAGUCUGCUGAAGUCAGUCUUGUAACAGGUACAAGAAUUUUCUUUCAAAGAGUUCUGGCGAAGAAGCGUGAAAUCAGGAGAUAACUAACAGGAACCAGGGGGAGUUGAUUUAUUUGGCUUUGGGACCAUUUGAAACCCCCCACCCCACCCCAGAAUGGCAAACCCAGAAGAGCUAAACGAGAUGCCUGAGCGAAGACUAGUCAUAAUCGGUGCUCGACGGGAGGGCAAAAGCUCAGCAGCAAACACAAUACUGACAAAACAACGCUUCGAAUGUUCUCGAACUCAAACACAACAGGCCGAAGCCAGGCACGGAGUUGUGGAAGGCCGCAACCUGGUGUUGGUCGACACUCCGGGAUGGAAGCGCUCGCCUUCCCUCAACGAGAUUCCAGAGAGAGACAAGCAACAAUUUAAGCUAUAUGCCUCCAAGUGCCAACCGGGACCGCACGCCUUCCUCCUUGUGGUCCCUACAGAUGCCAGCUUCUCCCAUAAAGAGAAAAAGGCCGUGCUAGACUACAUGAAGCUGCUGGGGAAUCGGGUGUGGAGCUACACCAUGGUCCUGUUCACCUUCGGAGACUACCUGGGCAACAAGACCAUCGAGCAGCACAUUGAGAGCGAGGGUGCGGCACUCACCUGGCUGAUAGGAAAAUGUAAUGACAGAUACCACGUGCUCAACAACAAGGACAAGAGCAACUUAUCUCAGGUCACUGAAUUGUUGGAGAAGAUCGACGAAAUGGUACGUGAGAAUAACAACGGCUUCUACAUGCUGGACAGCAGCGUCUUCCAUGCUAUUCAGAAGAGGGACGAAGUGGCGAAGAAGGCCCAACAGCGAUUCAGGCAGGCUUUGAAGCAACAAGAGGAACUGAAUAAGAAAAUUUCAAAAAUGAAGCCCAUCCAGAAACUUCAGAUUAUUCUCCUGGGCAGCCAUGGUGUUGGCAAAACCUCCGUGAUGAACACCAUCCUGGGUAUCAAAGAACAAGAAGACGAGACAACGGUGCUUUCUCAGCUUCACGAGGGCAGGGUGGGCAAGAUGGAAAUAGCAGUUGUGGACACGCCCGGUUGGCGGAAAGGCUCCCUCGCGCGUGACACGCCAGAAAUGAUCAAGGAUGAGGUUGUGCAUAGCCUGCUCAAGUGCCGCCCUGGACCCGAUGUCGUCUUGCUGGUGAUCGAUGCAGAUGCUUCGUUCAACCGCAGGCACCUGGAAGCAGCCACCACACACGUUGAGCUGUUAGGGUUGAACGUGUGGAAACACACCAUGGUGGUGUUCACCCGAGGAGACUGGCUGGGCUCACGCAGCAUCGAAGAAUACAUUGAGGGUGAAGGCAAAUCUCUGCAGUAUCUGCUGGAAAUAUGCGGGAACAGAUAUCACGUCCUGGACAACAUGAACGAAUACGACGGCGCUCAGGUUGACAAGCUGCUGGAGAAAAUCCUUCAGACGCUGGCAGGGAAUGAUGGGCAACAUUUUGCACCCAAGAAUGAGAUGUUGAAUGCCCUGAAAGAGAACGAAAAAAAAGUGCAACUCGCUGUUGGUCGGAGAACUCAACUCAAGGCCACCAGAGGAGUAAAAGGUCCUACCAAAAAGUUGCACGAGAUAAAAAUCUUGAUACUUGGUGAAAGAAAGUCCGGAAAGACAACAGCAGCCAAUUUGAUCCUGCGAGAUAAAGUCUUUCCUACGCAAGCAAAUGACGGGUGUAUGGCAAAGCAGGCACCGGUCGCCGACAGGCAGGUCACAGUGGUCGACACCCCUGGCUGGGCAGCAGAGGAGUCCGAGUGCACUCGGGAACAGGACCGAGAAAUAGUCAGCGGUCUGACCCUGAGUCCUCAAGGGGUCGACGCUGUUCUGAUUGUGUUGUCCUUGGAUUUGAAGUUCAGGGAGGCCAAUCAUGACGCCCUGGUGGAUCACAUCACGCUCUUUGGCGACAAAAUCUGGAACCACACAAUGGUUCUGUUCACAAACGAAGACACUCUGGCAGACAAAUCCUUGGAGGAGUAUAUCGAGAAAGAAGGCCAAGCACUGCGACGGUUGGUCGACAAAUGUGGGAACAAUUACCACUGUCUGAACAUCUUAGAGACACGCGAUGAUACCCAGCUCGUCCAGCUGUUUAGGAAGAUAGAGGACCUGUCAGCAAAGAACCAGGGCCGCCUCUUCUGUCCCAACAUGGACGACAUCUACCGUAGUAUUGACGAAAAGUUCCAGAAGAGGAAUCGUGCUGUUCGUAAUAUGGUGGUGCAGGCGUUCACAAGCCAAAGGCUGGAGCUGUUGAGAGAGCACAAGACGAAGCUGGAGAAGCUACAUGAUAACAUAAAGGAGAUUGUUCCCUCUUCAUUGGCACCGAGCAAGGCCAAGAAGAAAUCUGUUCUGUCAGAUAUUGAAGCGCAGAUUGAUGAGCUGAGUAGGAACAUUAUGAAGUUAAACAAGUCAACGAACAGCAUGGACUUCUUGAUCCCUACCUUGAGUCAAUCGACACCAGAAGUGGAUAAAGUUCUGGACUGGAUGUCUAAACAUCAACGCAACACCGAUGAUUAUAACUCGACGCUCAACAUGUCAGAGUCAUCAGCAUACGGAUCCCUGCCUGUUUUUCCACCGGGUGAAAACCCCCCACCCCACCCCAGAAUGGCAAACCCAGAAGAGAUAAACGAGAUGCCUGAGCGAAGACUAGUCAUAAUUGGUGCUCGACGGGAGGGCAAAAGCUCAGCAGCAAACACAAUACUGACAAAACCACGCUUCGAAUCUUCUCGAACUCAAACACUACAGGCCGAAGCCAGACACGAAAUCGUGCAAGGCCGCAACCUGGUGCUGGUCGACACUCCGGGAUGGAAGCGCUCGCCUUCCCUCACCGAGAUUCCAGAGAGAGACAAGCAACAAUUUAAGCUAUAUGCCUCCAAGUGCCAACCGGGACCGCACGCCUUCCUCCUUGUGGUCCCUACAGAUGCCAGCUUCUCCCAUAAAGAGAAAAAGGCCGUGCUAGACUACAUGAAGCUGCUUGGGAAUCGGGUGUGGAGCUACACCAUGGUCCUGUUCACCUUCGGAGACUACCUGGGCAACAAGACCAUCGAGCAGCACAUUGAGAGCGAGGGUGCGGCACUCACCUGGCUGAUAGGAAAAUGUAAUGACAGAUACCACGUGCUCAACAACAAGGACGAGAGCAACUUAUCUCAGGUCAUUCAAUUGUUGGAGAAGAUCGACGACAUGGUACGUGAGAACAACGACGGCUACUACAUGCUGGACAACAGCGCCUUCCAUGCUAUUCUGAAGAGGGACGAAGUGAAGCAGAAGGCCCAACAGCGAUUCAGGCAGGCUUUGAAGCAACAAGAGGAACUGAAUAAGAUUGUUUCAGAAAUGAAGCCCAUCCAGAAACUUCAGAUUAUUCUCCUGGGCAGCCGUGCUGUUGGCAAAACCUCCGUAAUGAACACCAUCUUGGGUAUCAGCGAACCAGAAGACGAAACAACGGUGCUUUCUCAGCUUCAUGAGGGCAGGGUGGGCAGGAUGGAAAUAGCAGUUGUGGACACGCCCGGUUGGCGGAAAGGCUCCCCCGCGCGUGACACGCCGGAAAUGACCAAGGAUGAGGUUGUGCAUAGCCUGCUCAAGUGCCGCCCUGGGCCCGAUGUCUUCUUGCUGGUGAUCGAUGCAGAUGCUUCGUUCAACCGCUGGCACCUGAAAGCAGCCACCACUCACGUUGAGCUGUUUGGGAAGAACGUGUGGAAACACACCAUGGUGGUGUUCACCCGAGGAGACUGGCUGGGCUCACGCCGCAUCGAAGAAUACAUUGAGGAUGAAGGCAAAUCUCUGCAGUAUCUGCUGGAAAUAUGCGGGAACAGAUAUCACGUCCUGGACAACAUGAACAAAUACGACGGCGCUCAGGUUGACAAGCUGCUGGAGAAAAUCAUUCAGACGCUGGCAGGGAAUGGUGGGCAACAUUUUGCACCCGAGCAGGAGCAGUUGGAUGCCAUGAGCGAGAAGGAAAAAAAAGUGCAACUCGCUGUCCAACGGAGAACUGAACUCAAGGCCAACAGAGGAGUGAAAGGUCCUACCAGAAAGUUGCACAAGAUAAAAAUCUUGAUACUUGGUGAAAAAAAGUCCGGAAAGACAACAGCAGCAAAUUUGAUCCUGCGAGAUAAAGUCUUCCCUACACAAGCAAAUCACGGGUGUAUGGCCAGGCAGGCACCGGUCGCCGACAGGCAGGUCACAGUGGUCGACACCCCUGGCUGGGCAGCAGAGGAGUCCCGGUGCACCCGGGAACAGGACCGAGAAAUAGUCAGCGGUCUGACCCUGAGUCCUCAGGGGUUCGACGCUGUUCUGAUUGUGUGGCCCUUGGAUUUGAAGUUCAGGGAGGCCGAUCAUGACGCCCUGGUGGAUCACCUCACGCUCUUUGGCGACAAAAUCUGGAACCACACAAUGGUUCUCUUCACAAACGAGGACACUCUGGCAGACAAAUCGUUGGAGGAGUAUAUCGAGAAAGAAGACCAAGCACUGCGACAGUUGGUAGACAAAUGUGGAAACAAUUACCACUGUCUAAACAUCUUAGAGACACGCGAUGAUACCCAGCUCGUCCAGCUCUUUAAGAAGAUAGAGGACAUGUCAGCAAAGAACCAGGGCCGCCUCUUCUGUCCCAACAUGGACGACAUCUACCGUAGUAUUGACAAAAAGUUCCUGAAGAGGAAAUUUAAUUUUCUUAAUAUGAGGGUGCAGACGUUGACAAGCCAAAGGCUGGAGCUGUUGAGAGACCACAAGACAAAGCUGGAGGAGCUACAUGAUAACAUCAAGGAGAUUGUUCCCUCUCUAAAUGGACCGCCCAAGGCCAAGACAACAUCUGUUCUGUCAGAUAUUGAAGAGCAGAUUCACGAGCUGGGUAGGAACAUCAUGAAGUUAAACAAGUCAACGAACAGCAUGGACAUGCCCCUUAAUUUGAGUCAAUCGACACCAGAAAUUGAUGAUGUUCUGGAAUGGAUGCGUGAACUUCAAGACAACACCGAUGAAGAUUGUGACUUGAUGCUCAACAUGUCAGAGUCAUCAGGAUACAGAUCGCCGGCUGUUUUUGCGCUGGAUGACUGAGCUGCAUUAUGUCGUCGGUGUGCCAAUCAGGGAAAAGGCUUCCUCACACAAUCCCAAAACUUGCUUCUUAGGUUAAUUGAAUAUUCUAAAUUGACUUUAAGUGUGAAAGUGUUUGUAAAUGGUUUGCUCUGACUUCUGUCUUGUUUCCAUUCUGGAAGAAUGGUCAACAGAGUGACCCUAACUCUAGUAAAGAACAAUGCCAACAAUUCUUGGUAUUCACUGAAACCCUGAAUGACCACGGUUGGUAUUUAAAUUGAAUUUGUAGGGAUGUUAACAUUGUCCUCACACUGUAGACUAAUUUUAAUUGGCUUCUUACACCAUCCUUGCAGUGUAUGUUUUAAUAUAUAUAUAUAUAUAUUUUAUCUGUGAUGCAUUUUAUUGUAUAUAUUAUGCAUCGGAUUUUGUUGUGUAGGCCAAUUGAGGGAUUUUGUUUUUGUUUAUAUUUCGUUUAUUUAUUUCGUGCUGGACUACAGAUAGAAAUGUACUUUUCUGCUAAAUCUGGUGUAAGGAUCGAUUCAUGUCUUGUCAUACUAAAAACGGUAUGUGCACAAUGAAAAAAUAAAAUCAAUUUCCUAUACUCGAGAUAAAAAGUUGGCAAAUUGUUGCUGUCGUGUUUA